AGCUUCCCGUCGCAGGAAAGGUUUCGCAGGCAAUCCGCGUCCCGUAUAAAAUCCCUACUUGCAGUCCUCUUCCACGUCUUCUCGCAAAAUCCGCCAAACGCCUCUCUCUCUCUCUCUCGAAAAGCUGAAAAACUCGCAAUUAAAAAAAAAAAAAAAACAGAAACCCUAAUAAUAAAAGAUAAGAUCAAUCAAACGGCGCUCCCAUCUCGUCGAUCUCGACCCUCCAUUACUCAUCCAACGAUCCUUCUUUUCCACCAUUUUAUCACCUUUUGUCUCGAUUUUUUUUUUUUUUUUCCCGUUUUUCCUUUCUUCAAUCCAUUCAUUUCGAUAUCCAAACAAGGCCAAUUCCUCCACUCUGCAGCAAAAAAAGGAGAGUUUAUUUUUCGUUUCUUCUACGGUAGGGUUUUAUGCCCUUUUUCUUUUGCUGUUUCUAGGGUUUUAGUAUCUUUCUAGGGUUUUAGACUCAUAUCUAGGGUUUUAGGGUUCUUCCGAUGGAUGACAUCGAGAAGGCGAUUCUCUUCAGCUUCGAUGAAUCGGGGACUAUCGAUCCUGCCCUCAAAUCGCAGGCGGCCUCCUACUGCCACCAGCUCAAGCAAACCCCAUCCAUUUGCCUCAUCUGCAUCGAUCGCCUCUCCUUCACCAAGUUCGCCCAGGUCCAGUUCUGGUGUCUCCAGACGCUACACGAAUCCUUGCGCCUGCGCUACUCCUCAUUGUCCCCUGACGAGAAAACCCACAUCCGCAAAUCCCUAUUCUCCAUUGCUGCUCCACCACCUGACUCUCAGCCCGCAACUUCUGUCAGACUCUCCGAUUCCCCUGCCUUCAUCAAGAACAAGUUUGCACAGGUCUACGUGACCCUAAUCUAUUUUGAGUACCCAUCGAUAUGGUCUUCAGCGUUUCUUGAUCUGCUGUCAAGGCUUGUGGAUGGCCCGCCACUGAUUGACAUGUUCUGUCGAGUUUUGAAUUCGCUGGACGAUGAGCUGAUCAGCUUGGACUACCCACGGACUACGGACGAGAUUGCUGCUGCGGCCCGCAUCAAGGAUUCGAUGCGGCAGCAGUGUGUCCCACAGAUUGUCCAUGCAUGGUACGACAUUGUCUUUUCUUACAAGAAUUCAGACCCUGAUUUGGCUGCGGCCGUCUUAGAUACGAUGCGGAGAUAUAUAACAUGGAUUGACAUUGGAUUGAUUGCGAAUAAUGCUUUUGUGCCCCUGCUUUUUGAGCUUAUUCUGCUUGACGGGCAGUUGGAGCAGCUACGGGCUGCUGCUGCAGGGUGCGUUCUGGCAAUCGUCUUGAAGCGGAUGGAUCCCCAACCCAAGCUCUCGCUCCUGCAGAGCCUUCAGAUCAGUAGGGUCUUUAAUCUUGUUGCCGGGGAUUCUGAUUCUGGGUUGGUCUCAAAGCUGGCGGCUCUAGUUACUGGGUAUGCAGCUGAAGUUCUAGACUGUUCUAAGCGUUUGGAAUCUGGGGAGGCUAAGGGCAUUUCCAUGGAACUUCUCGAUGAAGUCUUGCCCACCGUCUUUUAUGUAAUGCAGAGUUGUGAAUUGGAUUCGGCAUUCAAUAUUGUCCAAUUCUUGUCGAGUUAUGUUGCCACAAUGAAGACCUUGUUGCCUUUGAGAGAGAAGCAGUUCGUUCAUGUGGGCCAGAUAUUGGAGGUGAUCAGGGCACGAAUAUGUUAUGAUCCAGCAUGCAGAGAUAGUCUAAAUCUGCCCGAUAAGAUUGGUCGAGAAGAGGAGGAGAGGAUGAUGGAAUAUCGCAAGGAUUUGUUUGUAUUGCUUCGUACGGUAAGCCGUGCUGCUCCGGAUGUCACCCAGAUAUUUAUUAGGAAUACAUUAACUAGGGUGAUCAGUUCUUCUGAGAGGGGUGUUGAGGAGGUUGAAGCUGCUCUUUCUCUUUUCUAUGCGCUCGGAGAGUCAAUAGGUGAAGAGGGUAUGCGGACGGGCAGUGGGCUGUUGGGAGAACUAGUCCCGAUGCUCUUGUCGGCGCGCUUUUCGUGCCAUUCGCAUCGUGUGGUGGCGCUCGUGUAUUUAGAGACAGUAACCAGAUAUGUGAAGUUCGUACAGGAGAAUGCACAGUAUAUACCUCUUGUGUUGGCUGCCUUUCUUGAUGAAAGGGGUAUACACCAUCCGAAUCCCAAUGUCAGCCGGCGGGCGAGUUAUCUCUUCAUGAGAGUUGUGAAAUUGCUUAAAGCGAAGCUCGUGCCUUUCAUAGAGAAAAUAUUGCAGAGUCUUCAGGAUACAGUGGCUCGAUUUACAGGUUUAGACUGGAUAUCAAAAGAGAUAAAGUGCUCAUCAUCUGAAGAUGGUAGUCACAUAUUUGAGGCAAUUGGUUUGUUGAUUGGAAUGGAAGAUGUAUCACCUGAAAAGCAGUCAGAGUACCUUUCAGCAUUGCUCAUUCCUCUUUGUCGACAGGUUGAGUUGCUGCUCAUGGAUGCCAAAGUACAGAGUCUGGAAGAAUCUUCUGCAAAAGUUGCCAGUAUCCAGCAAGGAAUCAUGGCAAUCAAUGCACUGAGCAAGGGCUUUAGCGAGCGGCUCGUUACAGCUAGUCGUCCUGCGAUCGGUGCCAUGUUUAAGCAGACACUGGAUGUCCUCCUGCAGAUUCUUGUGGUGUUUCCUAAGGUCGAGCCUUUACGGAAUAAGGUCACAUCGUUUCUCCACCGCAUGGUUGACACUUUAGGUGCAUCUGUAUUUCCUUACCUUCCUAAGGCCCUGGAGCAAUUGCUUUCUGAAAGCGAGCCAAAACAAAUGGCUGGUUUUCUCGUAUUAAUCAAUCAGCUUAUAUGCAAGUUUAAUAGUUCACUACGUGAUAUUCUGGAGGAGAUUUUCCCUGCUAUUGCUAGUAGAGUAUUUCACGUUCUCCCAACGGAUGCAUUUCCAUCAGGACCUGGCAGCAAUACUGAGGAAAUUCGAGAGCUACAAGAGCUUCAGCGGACACUGUAUACGUUUCUUCAUGUUAUGACCACACACAAUCUGUCUUCAGUUUUCCUUGCCCCUAAUAGCAGGGGGUAUUUGGAUCCAAUAAUGCAGUUGCUUUUUCAUACUUCUUGCAGUCAUAGGGAUAUACUUGUAAGGAAGGCGUGUGUACAGAUAUUCAUUAGAUUGAUUAAAGACUGGUGCACCCAAUCCAAUGGUGAAGAAAGGGUACCUGGUUUCCAGACCUUUAUCAUUGAGACUUUUGCAACCAACUGUUGUUUAUACAGUGUCCUCGACAAGUCUUUUGAGUUCCGUGAUGCAAACACUCUUGUUCUCUUUGGAGAAAUUGUGACAGCUCAGAAAGUAAUGUAUGAAAAGUUUGGGGAUGUUUUUCUCAUACAUUUUGUGUCGAAAGGUUUCUCAGCUGCACACUGCCCGCGAGAUUUAGCCGAGCAAUACUGUCAAAAGUUGAAGGGAAGUGACAUCACUGCCCUGAAAUUGUUCUACCAAUCCCUGAUCGAGAAUUUGAGACGCCAACAGAAUGGAAGCCUCGUUUUCAGAUAACAUCUUGCCAGAAGGCUCUAUGGAAACAAAUACCAUUGACGAAUACUCCCCGUUUUCUGGAGUCUUCGGCGGUGAACACCAUUUUGAAUCGAUAGAGGAUGCUUCUUUUUCUGUAUAUAACAGUUGCGUGGCUCUUCGAGAUAAUGCAAGGUGUAAAUUACCGGCAACGGUUUCAUUUGAGUUUGCGGAAGUGUAAGCGUUUGUUGACGGCUGUAGGUGAGUGUAAAAUCGAGGGUGUGCCAAUAAGAGGUUCAUUGUAUAUUCUUAUAUCGUUUAAAACUCUUGUUUUAUUGAGCUUCCACCUAAUAAUGUUUUAUCUUUUCCCUUCUUUUUUUUCCUCGUUAUUGUUUUUCGUUUUAUAUACGGUGUGUUGACAUGAUCGCCACAUGUCUACUGUGAUCGCAUUAUCUGGAAGAGGAGACCAAGGAAACAGAGACAAAUUCGUUUUGUUU